GACAGCCCGACAAAUCGAGCGUUCGCUUGUUGACAUCGUGGGACCAGAGACCGAGUCCACACGUUUGAAAUUAUGCCUCUAAACCGGUUGUUACUAAAGACGGCAUUAGCCAACAAGACGGUCGUCCGUUCUGCUUUCACUGCUAGAAAGCGCGAUUACACAAACCCGAACUGGGUCGGCGUGGGUCUUGCAUUGGGGACUACCGUUUUUCUCUGGGGACUGCUUUUCAAGCAGCAUAGUGACGAUGUACGUGAGUAUAAAGCAAGUCAUGGACUCGAAUAAAAGUCUGUGGCAGUGGACAAAGCCCCAUGUUUCAGAAGUUGAAAAUAUGGCAAGACCAUGUUUUUCUGUGAACAUUUGAUUUAUUUACCAUUAUGUAUUGAAUGGUUCUGUUAAGUCUGGAUGGUUUUUUUCACACAUUAUGUACUAAAUAAAGUUGUAAAUAUAUUCCAUGUUGACAGCUGAAUUG